AUUGGUCAGGUGAGACCAGGCAACAUUUUAAAAGGGGCCUGUGGCAGGAGUUGGGGCCACUUUGGACCUGCUUGGCCGUGCCUGCUCAACAACAGCAACACACGGACUCCUCAGCCUCUGCAGGUGGCAUCAAGUCAAUUGAAGGCGCAAUGGCUCGUAUGCUGGUGGUUGCAGUCGUGAUAUUCGCAGUGGUGUUUGCCACUGGAGAUGGACACGCAGUGCACAGACGGAAGCGAUCCUUAAGCUUUAAUAAUGUGGUCUUGUGUUUUGCCGGGAGAAGUGCAUUGGAUUACAGCAACUAUGGCUGUUACUGUGGCUGGGGAGGAAAUGGCGUUGCUCUAGAUGACGCUGACAGAUGCUGCGAAGCUCAAGACAAAUGCUACAACGCGAUUCCGCGUGGCUGCAACGUCAACUUCAUUGCCUAUGCCAACAGCUGUGCAGAUGGAGAGGUGCAAUGCGACAAGCUUAAGCUGUGCGAGAAGAUGGUCUGCUCCUGUGAUGUCAUUGCGGCAAAAUGCUUGGCAGGUUCAGCGUACGACAUCGCGCUCAAGAACUACAGAGGGAAGUGUUAGGUGAAAAACUAAAAUAAAAAAACUCGCUGCUCUGGAUGAAAAAAGAGAGUCAUAUGAUUUCACUUACACUCGUAUAAAUUGAUGUGACCUAGUUUUUCGUCAAUUUCACUCCCAUUACAUUUUUAUUCGCCAGGAUUGACCAGAUUUUGUCCUCGUUCUGUUACGAUUUUUAUUGUACGAUGCAUUUCGUCAAAAUUAUAGCGUUAAUUUACCGCCAAGUUGAAGUUUUCUUUUUUGGGGAUUAUAGAUGGUACUGUCGCGAACGAGAAUAUAAUAAAGAGUAUCACGAAAUAAUAAUGUGUUUGACAAUACACGCGUCGGUUACUGAUGAAUAGAGUUGGCUACGAAUGGUGCGAAAGAAGUCCGACAGACAUACACACAUACUAUAUAACAACGAUCCCCUUCCUCCCAUUAAAAAAGUUCUGUUAAAUAUUGCAUCUCUUUUUCAAUUGUCAUCAAAUGAGCUGUAAAACUGAUGGCAUGAUUGAUAUGGUGAUGUGCUCAGUACACUACAAUAAACAAUAUCUAGCAUA